AUGACUGAUACUUCCGGUUUUCAAUCGCUUCCUGACCCACGCAUGGCAGCAGCUACAGGACAGAAUUCCAAUGUUUUAGUGGUCAUUUAGAACUAAAUAUGGCCGUGUUACCUUCGUAAAUGAUAUAUAUUUAUACACUGAGAAUACGUUGCGCUCAAUUUCAAGGUGUCACCUCGAUCUUUAAUUUGCAGUAUGAUUGUGUAUUCGUAAGGUAGGCUAUAGAACUGUGAGCUCACGCCUCAAACUUUAUUAUGAACCAGCGUUUGCCUCCCUGUGUGCUGUCGUUUAGCCAACUGAUUGUGGGAUCAGGAAUUUUGUAAAUAUCAACGGGUUAUUUGGUGGACAGGAUGAUUCCGAGUCCUUACGGUCUGGACCGCGACAGACCGUUCGUCAGACUCCGGUUCACCACCUUCAUUACUGGCACUGUUGCCCUGCCAUUGUUGGGCUUGACCUCCUGCAUUUUUGUCUCGUGUUUUUUUCACUUUGAGAAUGCCAUGAAAACCCACUGCCAGGUUCCUAACUACCUGCCCUCCAUCAGCGCUUCCAUAGGACUGACACCUGAGCGCUACAUCUGGCGCUUCUGCAUCGGAUUGCACUGCGCGCCUCGGUUCUUUGUGGCGGUGGCGUACUUCAACUUCUACCGCAGAAGCUUCACCAAAAACGUUGUGGCGACGCCGCUUUGCUACCUUGGCCUAAUCUGUGCCUUCAGUGAAAACAUUGGCCUGCUGCUGCUCACCUACGUGUCCUCGAAUGAGACGUACACCAUCCAUAAGAAGGGUUUCAUGGUGUUCGUCGGCAGUGCACUGGUACACAUGGGGAUCACCUGCUGGCUGUGGAACGUCAUCAAGAUGCAUUCAGGGGGGCGUGAGCUGCUGAAGUCGUACCGGUGGAAGAAGCGGCUGUGUGUCUCCAGCGUCAUUCUGUGCACCGCGGCCGGCGCCUUUUUCUGGAGGCACAACAAGUACUGCGAGGCAGGAAUCUACACACUUUUUGCUCUCUGUGAGUACCUGAUGGUGCUCUGCAACAUGGCCUUCCACCUGACAGCCUUCUGGGACUUUGGGCACACGGAUGUAAUGAUCGCCACCCCGCCAGAGGAGAAGCGCUUCUGACCAGGGGAACGGAGGGGCUGGGCCUUGUGGGAACCGUUUUGGGGAAGGGGAGGGGCCGGGCCAGCCCAGCGACACUGAGGCAUUCCCCCCCCAUUGCAAUGGUGUACAUUUCAUUUCCCGGUCUGCGUCAGUGAUGUCACAGUCAGUACCGUAAAAGUCAGAGCUCACCUUUUUAUUUUACGUGUUAGUCCACAGGACAGCUGUGCAGAUCGUAUGUCCCGAGGCAGGGCAAGCUCAGAUUUUAUACUUUCCUUCUCUUGCUCUGAAACCUUCUCUUCUGCCUCGAGGUCUCCCCUUCAUCUUAUGACACUACCUCUCCAGUUUCUCCAUCUAUUCGGAUUGUUCUCGUCUCCCAUUAAAUAAACGCACGUGUUUCUGCUUGCUCACAAACGUCCCUUCCCUAGCUGACCUCGAGCCCCUUUCCUGAACGGGGGCCCAGUAUCUGCUGACUGCAAAAUCAAGUGCCUAUCUCUUCCAGUCAUAGACUUUUCUCUACCAAAAAUUUCACGUGUAAUAUGCAAAGUUAUGGUGUCGGAACUUCAGGUGUUCUUGUUUUUUUAUUUUUUUUAAAUCAUGUACCCUGUUAACCUCAGUAAAUACUUUCAUUGGUGUCUUUUUUUCUUGGGUAUUUCUUGUGCUAGACUGCAGUAAUUUAUAUGUAAGCCUGGUUUUAUUUAUAUUUACAUUACACCAAAGAUCAAGUCCAGGUAUUGAGAAUAUUCCACUGAAGUGGCGUAAGGGUAACCUGUAUAUUUUUGUAUGUGAAAGAUGUACUAUGCUGUCAAGGAUUCUCUUCCAAUAGGAGUGCCUCAUGCUUUAUCAUCCAGGGUGUUUAGUAGAGUAUUACAGUUUCAGACUUUAAUUUUUUAAAGAGGAAACUGGGCUUGUAACCCAGAGGUUGCUGGUUUGAUUCCUAUGUACUGCACUGCCAUUGUACAUUUAAGCCAGGUACUUACAUAUAUGCUUCAGCAACUUGCAUCGCUGAAGGAUAUAUCUUGCUGUAUGAGUGAAUACUGUGUAACAAUGUUAUUGUUACUCUGGAUAAGAGCAUUUGCUAAAUGCCAACAAUGGAAAUAAACUUUAACUUUGUUGACUGGAAGAAA